AUGAACGACAGUGUGAGUCAGGGCAGUGAUGUCCCAGCUGGUGCUCGGACAAGCAAUCACGAUGGAUAUCUGGUGGAGAAGAAGGAUCGAAAGAAGAAGAAGAAGCGCAAAGAACAUGCGUCGACGGGCUUCUCUGCCGCCACGAUGCGAGCGCUGAGUGCWCGUCUCUUGACCUUUUACUUUCGAGCGCCCAUCAAAGCCUUCUUCCGCCCACGAAUAGAUUACAUGGGCUAUGCGCGGGCUAUCAACCCUCGCAUCCAAGCGGGAGAAGCGUGGAGCUGGCGUCUGUCUUCACCCGCCCUCCUCGCGUMGGCGGUCAAUCAACAUGGAUGGAAGUUCCUCCCCAACAUGGUUCUGCCCCCUCUCAUUGCCAACACUGCCGUCGGAGCGGUCUUGUACACGGCAUACUUGCAAACUCUGGGUCUGAUGCAUGAACCAUCCUCCCGUUCCACCAAAAGAGUCUACCCACCCGCCUCCCCACUCACCUGCUUCUCCGCCGGCUUCCUCGCCGGCUCGGUUCAAAGCGUACUCGCAGCACCUCUCGAUGCCCUGCAAGUUCGCUUCCACUCCACCGAAAUGGCGGCUGGAAAGUACGCCAACAUGUGGCAAUACGCACUUCGUAAGACGAAUGAAAUUGGCGCCCGAGGAAUCUUUGCAGGCUGGUCGCUCUCUUUCGUCCGAGAUUCUCUAGGAGCCGGAGUCUUCUUCGCCACUUUCGAAUACAUCAAAUCACAGGCAUUUUACAAUUUCGUCUCCACAUACUAUGGUGAUUGGGGAAACCUCUCCAAGAACCAGAAAGAGAGCAUUUCCGCUCAAGCGAGUAUCUAUGGAAGACCGGAAAUACGGCCUCAUUAUAUGGUGGAACCAACAUUCCUCCUCUUAGCAGGAGCCGCGGCGUCAAUUUCACAAGCCGUGAUUCAGCAUCCCAUGAGUCGAAUACAAGAACUUCACUACGGUCGCCUGGCUUGGAUAGAUUCCCACGACCACGCGAAACCUGGAGAGGUCAAAACACGAGCAUUGAAGCUCUAUGCCGCAGCUUAUCGAAAAUCGCUAAAGCAUUGCUAUGUCAUUGCUAGGAAAGAAGGCGGCCUGCGCCGUUGGUUAUACCGGGACUUCUUCAUGAGUACUUUGAGACAGGUUCCAAGUACGAGUGCCGGCUUGAUCGUUUUUGAGAUUCUAAGGCGGAAGUAUGGUAACGACGAUGAUGCUGUUAGGAUACCCAAGGGCGGUUACGAUAUUGUGCUGCUGUGA